UCAACCAAAAAACAUCUCUCUCUCUCUCUCUCUCUCUCUCUCUCUCUCUCUCUCAUGGCUACCACAGACCCGCCAGAGAAGCUGAAAUUAGAAACAAGCUUCGACUAUGAGAAGAACGAAGAGAAAAAAGAAGAAGAAGAAGAAGUGUCGCCGGUUGAAGAAGUGCGACUAACGGUUUCGAACACUGACGAUCCAAGCCAACCAGUGUGGACCUUCAGAAUGUGGUUCUUAGGUCUAAUCUCAUGCGCGCUAUUAUCUUUCCUCAACCAGUUCUUCGCUUACCGUACGGAGCCACUCAUCAUAACUCAGAUCACCGUUCAGGUCGCCACACUUCCCAUCGGUCACUUCAUGGCGGCGGUGCUGCCAACUACCAAGUUUCGCCUCGGAUCCAAAACGAUGUCGUUUAACCCCGGCCCCUUUAACAUGAAGGAGCACGUGCUCAUAACCAUAUUCGCGAAUGCGGGUAGCGCUUUCGGGUCCGGGUCACCCUAUGCGGUGGGUAUUGUGAACAUAAUUAAGGCCUUUUAUGGACGCAGCAUCUCUUUCUUUGCUUCCUGGCUUCUCAUCAUUACUACUCAGGUUCUGGGUUAUGGAUGGGCUGGGUUGCUAAGGAAGUACGUUGUGGAACCAGCUCAUAUGUGGUGGCCUGGCACUCUCGUUCAAGUCUCACUUUUCCGAGCUUUGCAUGAGAAAGACAACAGCCAUGGAAUUUCACGGGCAAAGUUCUUCUUCAUUGCACUAGUGUGCAGUUUUUCAUGGUACGUGGUACCUGGAUUCUUCUUCACAACGCUAACAAACAUCUCAUGGGUCUGUUGGGUGUUCUCCAAAUCAGUAACAGCUCAACAACUAGGCUCAGGCAUGAGAGGCUUAGGCCUUGGAGCCAUCACACUUGAUUGGAGCGCCGUGGCAUCGUUCUUGUUCAGCCCUCUCAUCUCGCCCUUUUUCGCCAUUGUCAAUGUCUUUGUUGGCUAUGCAAUGAUAGUAUAUGUGGUUAUUCCUAUUGCAUAUUGGGGUUUGAAUGUGUAUAAUGCAAAUAGAUUCCCUAUUUUUUCAUCACAUUUGUUCACAGCUCAAGGUCAACCUUAUAACAUAUCUGCUAUUGUUAAUGACAAGUUUGAGUUGGAUAUUGCCAAGUAUCAAGAGCAAGGGAGAAUCAAUCUUAGUGUCUUUUUUGCUCUCACUUAUGGUUUUGGAUUUGCUACCAUUGCAUCUACCAUCACACACGUUGCUUGCUUCUAUGGAAGGGAGAUUAUGGAACGUUAUCGUGCUUCAUUCAAAGGCAAAGAAGAUAUCCACACAAAACUGAUGAAGACAUACAAAGACAUACCAUCUUGGUGGUUUCAUUUGUUGCUAGGUGUUGCUUUAAUGGUUUCUCUAGCACUAUGCAUCUUUUUAAAAAACCAAGUUCAAAUGCCAUGGUGGGGACUUCUCUUUGCUGCGGUCUUAGCCUUUGGAUUUACCCUUCCAAUUAGCAUCAUUACUGCCACCACAAACCAGACACCAGGGUUGAAUAUCAUCACCGAGUAUGUCUUUGGUCUCAUAUACCCUGGAAGACCAAUUGCAAAUGUUUGCUUCAAAACUUAUGGCUACAUCAGCAUGUCUCAAGCCGUCUCGUUUCUCAGUGAUUUCAAGCUUGGACACUACAUGAAAAUCCCCCCAAGAUCAAUGUUCUUAGUGCAGUUCAUAGGUACAAUGCUUGCUGGAACUAUCAACAUAGGGGUAGCAUGGUGGUUGCUAAACUCUAUCAAAAACAUAUGCCAUGAUGAUCUCCUUCCAGAAGGUAGUCCCUGGACAUGCCCCGGUGACCGUGUAUUCUUUGAUGCAUCAGUAAUCUGGGGAUUGGUAGGACCAAAGAGAAUCUUUGGCUCCAAAGGAAACUACAGUGCAAUGAAUUGGUUCUUCCUUGGUGGUGCAAUAGGGCCAGUAAUUGUUUGGCUAUUGCACAAGGCAUUCCCUAAACAAUCAUGGAUACCCUUCAUCAACCUCCCAGUUCUCCUUGGAGCAACCGGGAUGAUGCCACCCGCGACACCAUUGAACUACAAUGCCUGGAUUUUUGUCGGAACCAUUUUCAACUUCUUUGUGUUCCGAUACAGAAAGGGUUGGUGGCAGAGAUAUAACUACGUCCUAUCGGCCGCCCUUGAUGCCGGGGUGGCGUUUAUGACUGUGCUGCUGUUCUUUUCUCUGGGAUUGGAGAACAAGAGUAUUAGUUGGUGGGGAAAUGAUGGUGAACAUUGUCCAUUAGCAUCUUGUCCAACAGCCAAAGGCAUUGUGGUUGAUGGUUGCCCAACACACUAAUUAAUUGGUUCUUAUCACUGCAAUAAUGUGACUCUUAAUUGUUUCUAUUCACAGCAACAAUAGCACUCAAAUUAUGUAAUGAAACUUGCAAAUUAAGUCAAUGUAAUAUAUAGUAAGCUGAACAGAAUCUAUUGUGCAAAGAAAAUAUAGUUGGUGUUA